AUGCCACUGGAAUCAUCUUCUUCUUUGAUCCCACUAUCCUUCCUUUCUCCCUUUCCCUCAGUACCAGAGAGUAUUACUAACUCUUCCCGUCCCCCAAUGUCUUACAUCACUUCCCAGGAGAUGAAGUGUAUUCUGCACUGGUUUGCCAGUUGGUUAGGUCCCCAGCAUGAAGGUUGCCUACAGGACCUGGUAGCUAAGGCAAUGCCAGGAAAAUUACAGCCACUGCUGGAAGGGCUGGAGCAGCUGGAGCAGCCUCAUAUCUUUGAGUGCCAGGUACGUCUUUGGGAUCAGUGGUUUCGAGGCUGGGCUAGGCAGGAGCACAACGAAUUAGUCAGGCAGCUGGUGGUCAGACUUAUGGCAGUUUUACCAGGCAGCGGCUGCUAUAACUGGUAAAGAUUGAUGGGCAUUAAAAUCAAAGAAGAUAAUCACAGCUGAUGGAGCCCCAACUUGACUGUGAGAA